UGUAAUUAAAUUAUAUAAACUUAAAAUAACGAUGCAAGUAAAGCAAUGCAAACGCAAACGGGCGUUUUAAGUUUAGAAACAUUUUGAGUCACCCCUCCCUUGCCUCACAGUGGUUUGUCCACCGCGCACGUCACACUUGUCUGUGUGUGUGUAGAUUCUGUAGAAGUCCGGCGGCGGCGCCGGCGGGAGAGAACAGAUGAGUUCCAGCAAAGACUAUAGAAUAAAAAAGGGAAAGGGACCUUGGUUCCUGUAAAUCGGCAAGGCUAUUUUAUUCAAAAACAUAGGAUGAAGUGAUUAUUUUCUCUUUAAUGCUGACGGUGCUGAGUAAUUAGUCAUAACAACAACAACAACAACAAAAAAAGAUGAUAACUGGUGAUUUUUUUCUAAUCCCUCAUUCAUCAGAGCAGCUACCAAGAGAAAUGGCUUAUUUAAGAAUGUGGAGAAAACGUAAAGCAGAUAUCAAUGAACUUCUCCUGUCUGAAAACGACAAUGCAGUGACAAUCAACAACGCAGUCAUGACAAAUGACAGAAAGGAAACAACCAAUGAUGAUGGUGGAAGCAAUACUGAUGACCACAGCACCAUUGUGACCACUGAUGGUUCAGACUUUGACACAGACAUUGGAAUGUGUGACUCAGAUGUGGAGAUUUUGAAUCCCGAACCAGAGGCCCAAGUUAGAAACCUAGGCAAUGACUUGCGAGAGUGGAGUACAAGACACCAAAUUACUAAUAGGUCCCUAAAUGAAUUAUUGCAAAUGCUAAGGGAUCAUGGACAUGUACUCCCCAAAGAUUCCCGCACAUUACUAGCCACCCCUCAAGUCAUUGACAGCCAUUCAAAAUGCAAUGGACAGUAUAUAUACAAUGGCUUGGAGGGCGGCAUUUCCUGUAUACUGUGUCAAAAUGAUGCUUUCAGGCAACAACACAGUACGGUCAGUUUAGAUGUCAACAUUGAUGGACUACCAAUCUUUAAAAGUAGCAAAAUCCAGUUCUGGCCAAUACUGGUGAAAUUUAACAAUUUCAAUCCAUUUAUUGUGGCAUUAUACUGUGGGGAAAGCAAGCCUGAGCCCCUUGAUGAUUAUCUCCAUGACUUUUUGGAGGAGUUCAAUAAUCUCCAACAGAAUGGCCUGGUGAUUCGUGGCAAAAAGUUUGCAGUAAAUAUUCAUACCUUUGUUUGUGAUGCACCGGCAAGAGCAUAUUUAAAAUGCAUUAAAGGUCAUACUGCAUAUGACAGUUGUGAGAGGUGCCAAGUGAAAGGCCAGUAUGUCGAAAGAAGAGUCGUCUUCAAUCAGCUUGACAUCCACCUUGCGCACAGAUGAAGCAUUUAGUCAGAUAGAGUAUUCCCGCCAUCAAAAUGGGUCUAGCCCUUUAAUAGCUGCUGGGAUUCCCUGUGUCAGUGCCUUUGUGUUUGACUAUAUGCAUACGAUUUGCUUGGGUGUUGUUAGGCGGCUGCUGGUGUAUCUGACUAGAGGCCCAAAACUGUGUAGGCUCUCUGUGAGACAGAAAAUUGAAAUAUCACAAAAACUGAACAUGCUACGAGGCCAUAUGCCCAGCGAGUUUGCGCGACAGCCCCGUGGCCUUCAGGAGUUGGACAGGUGGAAAGCCACAGAGUUCCGUCAGUUUCUUCUUUACACGGGACCCAUAGUACUCAAAAAUACUGUCUCUUCACAGCUGUAUGAUCAUUUUGUGACAUUGACCGUGGCAGUAUCCAUCAUGCUGGACUCGGAUGACGUGACAAGAGCUGCCUAUUUGGAUUUUUCUUCUGAACUGAUGAGGCACUUUGUGUCUAGCUGCCCUGCACUCUAUGGAAAAACAUUUGCUGUGUACAAUGUGCAUGCCCUGUUACACAUCCAUGAAGAUGUCUCUCGUUUCAAAUGCUCUUUAAAUGACAUAUGUUGCUUUCCAUAUGAGAAUUAUUUGCAGCAGAUCAAAAGAUUGGUCAGGACUGGCCAAAAUCCAUUAGCGCAGGUGUCCAAACGACUGGUCGAAAUUGAACAUGCCCAGGGGAAUUCCAGUGCACAGUCUAAGGCGAAGCCCAAAAUGUACAUUUCAACAAAAAUGAGAGACAGCUGCUUCCUUUUGAAAGAUGAGAGGUUUGCUUUUGUUCAAGAGAGGAGGGGAGAUGGGACGGUUGUUUGCGAUGUGAUAAAACAGAGACACACUGUCAAUCUGUUUGACAAACCAUGUCUGUCAAAGCUCUUGAACAUUGGUUACAUAGGGCAUAGCCGUAGAUUCAAAAGAAAAGAACUCAAGGAAGAAGACCUCAGUCGAAAAGUAGCCUGUCUACCUUACAACAAUGGCUCUGUCAUGAUUCCUCUGCGGCAUGGCAUUGAACAUUCAUGUUGAAGAUUGGCAAGUCAAAAAGUUAUGCUUUUUGUCAGAGCCGUUUGGAAUGAAAAUGGGAAGGAAAUGGAGGGGACCAUCCCUGAUGCCUGGGUUAAUGUAGCUGAGAAAACCCUUCGGUGGCCAAAGACAAGGGCAAAAUAUUGUUUUGAAAACCAUGUGGCCCCUAAGGAUGACUGGGAUAUGUUCCCAUUGUUGAAAGUGAAAUUUACCGCAGAAAGUCUCCAUGAGUGUGAGGAAUAUGAUCAAACCAGCCAUGCUGAACAAUGUGAAGAUGAAGACGAAGAGGUUAUAGUGCGAAAGAGGAUGAAAAAAACUAAAACUUUUGAAGAUUAUGUUGAAGGAUCUGACCUGUCUGAGGCGACUGCUGAGGGGGAGGAUAAAGAAGAGAGGAAAGGAGAUGCCAGUCCCGAAAUUCCAGUCUUUCCCACCCCACCAAUCAAAAUGUCAAAGAAUGGUUCACCCAGGUCUGUGGGCCAGGAAAAGUCAACUAUUCGUACACCCAAGUCUGUGGAUCGUAACAGGUCAAGUAGUGGUACACCCAAGUCUGUGGAUCGUAACAGGUCAAGUAGUGGUACACCCAAGUCUGUGGAUCGUAACAGGUCAAGUAGUGGUACACCCAAGUCUGUGGGUCGUAACAGGCCAAGUAGUGGUACACCCAAGUCUGUGGGUCGCAACAGGCCAAGUAGUGGUUCACCCAGGUCUGUGGGCCAGGACAAGUCAACUAGUCGUACAUCCAGGACUGUGGACCGCGACAGUUCUACUAGUGUAUUGGGUUGCACAGGUUCGUCAAGGUCCAGAUCCAGGUCCAGGUCCGUGGGCCGGGACAGUUCAAGUAGUUGUUCCUCCAGGUCUGUGAGCCGGGACAGUUCAAGUAGUCGUGAGUAUUGCCAGUUACAUUUGGCUUCUCUUAUUGAAUGUCAAAUUAGCAUGAAGAAUACUAUUGUUACUGGACUGACUAAUGUUGGUGGUUUGGGUUUAUCAGGUGUACCCAGGUCCCAGGCUGUGGAGAGCAGGUCCAUGGAUGGUCUUUCACAUGCAAGGUCCAUUUCCAAUAGGGAUGUGCCAACCACGUUCCCGCUGUCAGAAGCGAAGUUCCAGAAAAUCGUUCUUACAAAGCUGGUGACUCUCACUGAUGAAGUCAGAAAAAUGCAGAGGAGCGUACCUCAAUCUGGAAUUGAAAUAAAGAAGAUGGACACCUUGGAAGAGUUCCAGAGGGAGGAGGCUUCUCUUCUGGAACCACACAAAUUUGAAACCUUGGUUUGUCAGCUGGCAAGAGUGGGGGGGAGAGAUGUUAAGGACUGCACGCACAAAGUGAUGGACAGGCUCUUCACCAAUCAACUUAUGACCAAAUUCAAUAUGAAGGGGAAGGGUAAAAAAGGAAAAUUACGGUUUGAGGACAAAACAGUGUUUUCAGCAAUAAAAGCUGCUGUCAUGAAAUGGGAUGCCGCUGCAACAGAGGCACAGAUAAAAUCAUCUGCAGCUGAUCACCUGAAACAUGCCCCUGGGAGACUCGGGGGUGGUGGCUAUUAAUCUUUAGGAGCCACAUUUUGUUAAUUGUUUUACUGUUUUAACAACAUUUUAUAUAUUUUGUAAUUGUGUUAAUUUCUGUUCUGGCUUUUAAGAUUUGUGUUAUUGUGUUCUGGCUGUGAAGUUUUGUUCACCAGAAAAAAUUAGUAAUAAAGUAGUUUGAGAAUUUUAAUAGUUGAUUUCUUGGAGUGGUCAGUUUACAGGAAAAUGGUAAGCAGUUUAUUGCCAUUAUAUUGAUAAAAUGCAGUUUAUACAGUACACAGUUAUUCAAUUAAAUAUUCAAUAUUAUCAGUAUUCUUUAAAAUCUUAUUUAGGUCUAUCGUCUGACGUUUCAUGACACGACAACCAUUAACAAUGAUUAACUGGGUUUUUCUCUGUGAGAACUGCCACUGUUUUGAAGUAAACAUUUUUUACAGUUGGAUCCAUGCAAAUAUGCACAGUUGGGAAUUCAGUGGGUCUUUAACAGUCUACUACAGAACAUUAAUUAACAUUUCUACUACAGAAAACGCAUCUAAUACAACUUUUAGUCUGGCUACCUUUAGAUGUCUAACAAUCAGGUCUUUAGCAUGUCUUUAAUUGACGUCUAUACAAUGCCCUGAAAAGAUGUAUAAUAAACGGUCAAUCUGGCUCCUGUGAGGACGUCUUCUGGAGGUCUAACAAUUAUGUCUGUAACACGUCUUUAAUUGACGUCUAAACAAUGUCCAGAAAAGACAUAAAAAAAAAACUUUCAUUCUGGCUCCUGUGAGGACGUCUUCUGGAGGUCUAACAAUUACGUCUGUAACACGUCUUUAAUUGACGUCUAAACAAUGUCCAGAAAAGACGUAAAAAAAACUUUCAUUCUGGCUCCUGUGAGGACGUCUUCUGGAGGUCUAACAAUUACGUCUGUAACACGUCUUUAAUUGACGUCUAAACAAUGUCCAGAAAAGACGUAAAAAAAACUUUCAUUCUGGCUCCUGUGAGGACGUCUUCUGGAGGUCUAACAAUUACGUCUGUAACACGUCUUUAAUUGACGUCUAAACAAUGUCCAGAAAAGACGUAAAAAAAACUCAUUCUGGCUCCUGUGAGGACGUCUUCUGGAGGUCUAACAAUUCCGUCUGUAACACGUCUUUAAUUGACGUCUAAACAAUGUCCAGAAAAGACGUAAAAAAAACUUUCAUUCUGGCUCCUGUGAGGACGUCUUCUGGAGGUCUAACAAUUAUGUCUUUUAGACGUGUUCUAGACGA